CACUGUGUUUUUUUCGGCCGUCCGGCAACGCUGCGCCCUGAUACAGCACAAUUUCUCAAUCUCUCAGCGAAACAAAGCCAAAUAUCCGAAAUGCCUGCCGAAAACCUGGAGGAGCAGGGCCUGGAGAAGAACCCGAACCUGGAGCUGGCGCAGACCAAGUUCCUGCUGACCUUGGCAGAGUACAAGCAGGAUGCGGCCCUGAAGUCGAAGCUCCUGGACGCCAUACGCGCGGACAACAUGGCUCCGUGGUACGAGCACAUCUGCACCGAACUGGGCUGGGCCGUGGACAAGGACCUGCUUGCCCGGAUGAAGGAGAACAACCGCGUGGAGGUGGAGCAGCUGGACGCGGCCAUCGAGGACGCAGAGAAGAACCUGGGCGAGAUGGAGGUGCGCGAGGCAAACCUGAAGAAGUCAGAGUUCUUGUGUCGCAUUGGUGACAAGGCCGCGGCCGAGACUGCCUUCCGGAAGACCUACGAGAAGACCGUCUCGCUGGGCCACCGCCUGGACAUCGUGUUCCACCUAAUCCGCCUGGGACUGUUCUACCUGGACCACGACCUUAUCACACGCAACAUCGACAAGGCCAAGUACCUGAUCGAGGAGGGCGGCGACUGGGACCGUCGCAACCGCCUGAAGGUCUACCAGGGCGUCUACUCGGUGGCUGUGCGCGACUUCAAGGCGGCUGCCACCUUCUUCCUGGACACAGUUAGCACCUUCACCUCCUACGAGCUGAUGGAUUACCCCACAUUCGUGCGCUACACCGUGUACGUGGCCAUGAUUGCACUGCCCCGCAACGAGCUGCGCGACAAGGUGAUCAAGGGCUCCGAGAUCCAGGAGGUGCUCCACGGCCUGCCCGACGUCAAGCAGUUCCUCUUCGCGCUGUACAACUGCCAGUACGAGAACUUCUACGUGCACCUGGCCGGAGUGGAGAAGCAGCUGCGCUCGGACUACCUCAUCCACCCCCAUUACCGCUACUACGUGCGCGAGAUGCGCAUUCUCGGCUACACUCAGCUGCUUGAGUCCUACCGCUCCCUCACCCUACAGUAUAUGGCCGAGGCCUUCGGCGUCACUGUGGACUACAUCGACCAGGAGCUGGCGCGCUUCAUCGCCGCCGGACGGCUGCACGCCAAGGUGGAUCGCGUGGGCGGCAUCGUGGAGACCAAUCGGCCCGACAACAAGAACUGGCAGUACCAGGCCACCAUCAAGCAGGGCGAUCUGCUGCUCAACCGCAUCCAGAAGCUGAGCCGCGUGAUAAACAUCUAAGGUAGUCUCGUAAAAAGGGGUUUAUUCAAAUUCAACAUUUAUUACAGUGUAAAGCUAAUGCAACGUACAAUAAUAAAAACGAUAAAAACUCA